AUGGCGACUGAAGCACCAGAGCAAGCCCCCCAAGCCGAUGGAGUCCAAUCUCUUUCAAUUUCCGAGGCUUCACCAUCCAGCUCUUCAAAUCCAACCAUCCAAAUGAGUUUGGAGGAGAAGUACCAGAUGUUGAGGAGCGUGGCAGAGGAAUGUAUUCAAGAGGACGAGCUUCGGAAUUUGCUGGCUCAUAAGUCCGAACCCAUCGCCUAG